ACUUCCGGCGUCGAGCUCGGCGGGUGGGGCGGGGUGACAGUUAGGCGAGGCGUGCCAUGAGGCCUCAGGCGCCUCCGCUGCCAACCGUGAGGGAGCCGUCGGCGCGCGGGCGGCCUGGCGCGGCGCUCCGGCUAUAGCUCUGUCAGUGUGUUAUGAUGCCGUCUCGUACCAACCUGGCUACUGGAAUCCCCAGUAGUAAAGUGAAAUACUCAAGGCUCUCCAGCACAGACGAUGGCUACAUUGACCUUCAGUUUAAGAAGAGCCCUCCUAAGAUCCCAUAUAAGGCCAUUGCGCUUGCUACAGUGCUGUUUUUGAUUGGUGCCUUUCUCAUAAUCAUAGGCUCCCUCCUUCUGGCUGGCUAUAUCAGCAAAGGGGGGGCAGACCGAGCCGUUCCUGUCCUGAUCAUUGGCAUUCUGGUGUUCCUGCCAGGAUUUUACCACCUGCGCAUUGCCUACUAUGCUUCCAAAGGCUACCGGGGUUACUCCUACGAUGACAUUCCAGAUUUUGAUGACUAGCGCCCACCCUCAACCCCGAGAAGAAUAAACACAGAUGGGACUGAGAACAGAAACUGGCUAAGGAAUUCUGUAGUUUGCAAAUGUUAAACAAAAGAAUGUGGCCAGAUUUAAAGGUCCACCCUCAGGAUGUCAACCGAGCAUACAAUUACAAAUUAACUGGCCCUGGCAAAAGCUGACAACUUUUUCCACACAAAUAUCUAUCUUGGAAGAAUAGCAAUGUUAAUGGUGUGGGAAAGCAGGAGGUUAUUAUAUAGCGGAAGGUGUUACUGCUGCCACCCUUUUUAGAGUUCAGCAUUUCUUUUAAUUAGUCCUCAUUGUCAGUUUGUUUUGGUGGCAAAUGGAAGAAUUCAAUAUGUCAAAUUUCAUAUUACUAGUAAUUUAUUUUGAAAACAUCUAAGUAUCUUACCCCUACACUCAUCCUCUAACUUUGUAUUCUAGUGGAAGACCUUGGCAAAAUCAAAUGUCAGUGUGGGUGCAUCUGUAAUAUUUUUUACUUGCUUUCUCAUUAAUAGCCAGGACUUUUUUAAAUCUCAGAGCAAGUUUCCAAAAGGUAAACAUUUUCUCUGUUCAGGAAUCCUUGGUCAGCUUUGAUUUGGUCCACCAGUAAGUUGACCAGCAUUUAAUUUGGAUCAUUCUGUUCUUUGUAGAUCAAGAUGUUCUGUAUAUCAUGCCUUUAAGGACUGGACUUUGGCUGUUUCCUAAGGAAAAAAUGUAGAUAAACGGUUGUUACUUAGAGAUUAUAAACCUCUUAUUAGCACCUUACAUUAUGAUGUCAUUCUGCUGAAGAUUGCAAGACUCAGCCUGGAUCCCUAGGUGGACCAGACUGCCUUAAUUUGAUUCUGCUUCCUAGCUUACACAAAGUGACAUAUUCAAAAGAAAUUAAAAUGCCAAAAUCUAAA